AUGGAUGUUGUAUUGAGGGAGGCAAACAACUUCUUGUUUAUGAGGAACAAUAGCUUGAAGCUAGAUUGGUCUACACGUUUCGACAUUUGUUUAGGUAUAGCAAAAGGUCUAGCUUAUCUUCAUGAAGAGUCACGGCUAAGAAUCGUCCACAGAGAUGUGAAGGCAAGCAACAUUCUACUAGACUCUAAUCUGAAUCCUAAAAUAUCAGAUUUUGGUUUGGCCAAGCUUUAUGAUGACAAUAAGACUCACAUUAGUACUCAUGUUGCUGGAACAAUUGGCUAUCUUGCACCAGAAUAUGCCAUGCACGGACAUCUUAUAAAGAAAGUCGACGUGUUUGCUUUUGGUGUUGUGGCGCUAGGGACUAUCAGUGGCAGGCCGAACUCUGCUCCUAAUUUGGAAGAAGAACAAAUAUAUCAUCUUGAAUGGGCUUGGAACUUACAAGAACAAAACAAUGAAGCUGAUCUUGUGGAUUUAGAGUUAUCCGAAUUCGAUGAAGUUGAAGUGGGAAGACUCAUAAGAGUAGCUCUUUUAUGCAAUCAAACAUCACCAAUAUCAAGGCCAUCAAUGUAUAGAGUUGUGGCAAUGCUUUCAGGAGAUAUUGAAGUAAGCACUCAAAUCUCAAGGCCUGGUUACUUGGCUGACUGGAGUUUGGAUAUUCUAAGCAACAUAUUAAGUGAUGUUGCAACUAUAGGAACUGAUUCUACCUACUAUGAUUCGCCUGCUAGUACGAGCAUGGUGGGGGAUGCAUUUCCAUCGCCUGCCAAAGGCGCCACUCGUCCAAUUCUUCAAAGCUACAAGUCCAAAGGCUUUGGUUCAUACAUGUUCCACUUUGUUCACACCAAACAAAGGUCGACUCCAACUGAGACUAGCCCUUCCGCCCGAGUGGCCAAGAGGGCCAGGGUUGAGCCUGAGCUGAUAACGGAGGUCACUCCCGAGGCACCUCCUUCGGCCCCACUGGUGUCUAGUCCUAUCGCAGAGGUAGAGCCAUCCUUGCCCAUGCCAGUUCCUCCCAGUAUCACUGAUGUGGGUGCCUCCUCUGAUGCUCUUGUUGAGAAAGAGCAAGAGGUUAAGGUUUCAUGGGACAAGGCACAAGAGGAUUAUUUAGGACUGCCUUCUCUUGCUUCUACUUGA